AUGGUGAAGUUGACCGAUCUCCUCGCCAGAGCCUGGCUUGUCCCUCUGGCUUAUGGGGCGAGCCAGUCGCUCUUAUCCACCACUACCUCUUCACAGCCUCAGUUCACCAUUCCUGCUUCCGCAGAUGUCGGUGCGCAGCUGAUUGCCAACAUCGAUGAUCCACAGGCUGCCAACGCGCAGUCGGUUUGUCCGGGCUACAAGGCUUCAAAAGUGCAGCACAAUUCACGUGGAUUCACUGCUAGUCUUCAGCUCGCGGGCAAGCCAUGUAACGUAUACGGCACAGAUGUUGACUCCUUGACACUGUCUGUGGAGUACCAGGAUUCGGAUCGAUUGAACAUUCAGAUUCUUCCCACUCAUGUUGACUCCACAAAUGCGUCCUGGUACUUUCUUUCAGAGAAUCUGGUGCCUAGGCCCAAAGCUUCUUUGAAUGCAUCUGUUUCCGACAGCGAUUUUUCUGUGUCAUGGUCAAAUGAGCCGUCGUUCAAUUUCAAGGUGAUUCGAAAGGCUACAGGCGACGCUCUCUUCAGUACAGAAGGCACCGUGCUUGUUUAUGAAGACCAAUUUAUCGAAUUUGUAACGGCUCUUCCCGAGGAGUAUAACUUGUAUGGCCUUGGGGAGCAUAUCACCCAGUUUCGCCUCCAGAGAGAUGCUAAUCUCACCAUAUAUCCUUCGGAUGAUGGGACUCCUAUUGACAAAAACAUCUACGGCCAGCAUCCCUUCUAUCUGGAUACAAGGUAUUACAAGGGAGACAGGCAAAAUGGAUCUUAUGUUCCGGUCAAAAGCAGCGAGACCGAUGCCUCGCAAGAAUAUAUUUCCCUCUCCCAUGGCGUGUUUCUGAGAAACUCUCAUGGGCUAGAGAUACUCCUCCGGCCCCAGAAGUUGAUCUGGCGGACCCUAGGUGGAGGCAUCGAUCUGACAUUCUACUCGGGCCCAAACCCGGCCGAUGUCACCAGGCAAUAUCUUACCAGCACCGUGGGAUUGCCGGCCAUGCAACAAUACAGUACUCUUGGGUUCCACCAAUGUCGCUGGGGCUACAACAACUGGUCGGAUCUGGCAGACGUUGUCGCGAAUUUUGAGAAAUUCGAGAUCCCGCUGGAAUAUAUCUGGACCGAUAUCGACUACAUGCACGGAUAUCGCAACUUCGAUAACGAUCAGAAUCGCUUUUCCUACAGCGAGGGCGACGAAUUCCUCAGCAAGUUACAUGAGAGUGGACGCUACUAUGUACCCAUUGUUGAUGCGGCACUCUACAUUCCUAAUCCCGAAAAUGCAUCUGAUGCAUACGCUACAUAUGACAGAGGAGCUGCGGAUGACGUCUUCCUCAAGAACCCUGAUGGUAGCCUCUAUAUCGGAGCCGUCUGGCCAGGAUAUACAGUCUUCCCUGACUGGCAUCAUCCCAAGGCAGUGGAGUUCUGGGCCAACGAACUUGUCAUCUGGUCGAAGAAAGUGGCAUUCGAUGGAGUGUGGUACGACAUGUCUGAAGUUUCAUCCUUCUGUGUCGGGAGCUGUGGCACCGGGAACCUGACUCUUAACCCGGCACACCCAUCCUUCCUUCUCCCCGGUGAGCCCGGCGAUAUCAUAUAUGACUACCCGGAGGCUUUCAAUAUUACCAACGCUACAGAGGCGGCGUCAGCGUCGGCAGGCGCUUCCAGCCAGGCAGCAGCAACCGCAACCGCAACCAGCGCGUCGACCUCGGUGUCAUAUCUGCGCACAACGCCCACGCCUGGUGUUCGCAAUGUGGAGCACCCACCCUAUGUAAUCAACCAUGAUCAAGAAGGCCAUGAUCUCAGCGUCCAUGCAGUGUCGCCAAACGCGACCCAUGUUGAUGGUGUUGAGGAAUAUGAUGUGCACGGUCUCUACGGGCACCAAGGACUGAACGCUACCUACCAUGGUCUGCUUGAGGUCUGGUCUCAUGAGCGGCGGCCAUUUAUCAUUGGCCGCUCAACUUUCGCUGGCUCUGGCAAGUGGGCGGGCCACUGGGGCGGUGACAAUUAUUCCAAAUGGUGGUCCAUGUACUACUCCAUCUCACAAGCCCUUUCCUUCUCGCUCUUCGGCAUUCCCAUGUUUGGUGCUGACACCUGUGGGUUUACCGGAAACUCGGAUGAGGAGCUCUGCAACCGAUGGAUGCAACUGUCCGCAUUCUUUCCAUUCUACCGAAACCACAAUGAGCUCUCCACAAUCCCCCAGGAGCCUUAUCGGUGGGCUUCUGUUAUUGAAGCGACUAAGUCCGCGAUGAGAAUCCGGUACGCUAUCUUACCUUACUUUUAUACGUUGUUCGACCUGGCCCACACUACGGGGUCCACUGUAAUGCGCGCACUUUCCUGGGAGUUUCCCAACGACCCAACUUUGGCUGCGGUUGAGACCCAAUUCAUGGUUGGACCGGCCAUCAUGGUGAUUCCGGUACUGGAGCCUCUGGUCAAUACGGUCAAGGGCGUAUUCCCGGGGGUGGGACAUGGCGAAGUGUGGUACGACUGGUACACCCAGGCUGCCGUUGAUGCGAAGCCCGGAGUUAACACGACCAUCUCGGCACCAUUGGGCCACAUCCCGGUUUAUGUACGAGGUGGAAACAUCUUGCCGAUGCAAGAGCCAGCAUUGACCACUCGUGAAGCCCGGCAAACUCCCUGGGCUUUGCUGGCCGCACUAGGAAGCAACGGAACCGCGUCGGGGCAGCUCUACCUCGAUGAUGGGGAGAGCAUUUAUCCCAAUGCCACGCUUCGUGUGGGCUUCACCGCAUCACGGUCAAGCCUGCGCUCGUCAGCGCAAGGGAAUUGGAAAGAAAGGAACCCGCUCGCUAAUGUGACGGUGCUCGGAGUGAACAAGGAGCCCUCUGCGGUGACUCUCAAUGGAAAGACAGUAUCACCAGGAUCCAUCACAUACAACUCCACGUCGCAGGUUCUGUUCGUUGGGGGGUUGCAGAACUUGACGAAUAGCGGCGCAUGGGCGAAGAACUGGGUGCUAGAAUGGUAG